AUGAGCUUUCCCCGCUCCUCAGAGCAUCAGACCUCGGAUAAUAGCCAGGCGCAUACAGAAGCAGAAGGCGCAUUGCAGACUGGUCAGUCGACAAGAAUAACUCUAAAUGCAACUGCCAAUGAUGCCAAGGCAUCCGAUACAGAUCUGGAAGCUGCCAAGGCCUGUCCCUCAACCCUCGUUCCAGCUUUGCAAGAGAAACCGGCCACAGCCACAGACCCGAACUUGGUUGACUGGGAUGGUCCAGAUGAUCCAGAAAACCCCCGAAACUGGUCAAUAAAGCGCAAAUGGACCGCAACCAUCCUUGUGUCUUGCUUCACGUUCAUCUCCCCAGUGUCGUCAACUUUUGUCGCACCAGCACUGAGCAACAUUGGUGACGAUCUAGGAAUCACUACAGAAGUUGUCCUUGAGCUCUGUCUAUCAAUCUUUGUGCUUGCCUAUGCUUUGGGUCCAUUAGUGGUAGGGCCCCUAUCCGAGAUCUAUGGCCGCAAAAUCAUCCUGCAGACAACCAACCUAUGGUAUAUUGUCUUCAAUGUGGCUUGUGGUGUAGCCCAGACAACCGGCCAAAUGAUCGCUUUUCGUUUUCUAGCUGGCCUUGGAGGAGGUGCGCCUCAAGCUAAGAGAGGCAAAGCCAUGGCGAUAUACAGCCUGGCCCCGCUUCUCGGUCCCGCUCUCGGCCCCAUCGCCGGGGGCUUUGUGGCGGAACGAACCACAUGGAGAUGGGUGUUCUACUCAACUACCAUCGCGGCCGGUGCCAUUCAGCUUGCUGCCUUCUUUUUGCUCCCCGAAACCUAUGCACCCAUCAUUCUCCAGAGGCGAGCCCGGAAACUCAGGAAGGAAACAGGCAACAUGUCCCUCCAGACGGAGGUCGAACGCCAGAACAAGAAAAUUACCCAAGUCCUCCGCGUGGCACUUAUCCGCCCGUUGAAGCUACUUUUUACGCAACCGAUUGUGCAAAUUAUUGCUUUGUACAUGGCGUACGCCUACGGACUCAUGUACUUGAUGCUUGCCACAUUCCCGACUCUCUGGGCGAGCCCAGACUACUACGACGAGUCGAAAGGAAUCGCAGGUCUCAACUAUAUAUCCCUCGGCAUUGGGUUCAUCGCGGGAACUCAGGUAUGUGCCCGCAUGCUGGACCGAUUCUACCGACUGCUGAAAGCACGAAACAACGAAGCUGGCCGACCAGAGUUUCGGCUUCCGAUGCUUGCAGUUGGGGCCUUUUGUACACCCGCUGGUCUUUUCAUCUAUGGCUGGACCGCGCAGACACACCAGCACUGGAUCGCGCCGAAUAUUGGAGCCUGUAUCUUUGGUAUUGGAUGUAUGAUUACUAUGCAGUGCCUGCAGAUAUAUACCGUGGAUACUUAUACGCGUUUCUCGGCGAGUGCCCUCGCUGCUAUUGUGCUGCUUCGUUCGCUUGCUGGGUUCAGCUUCCCGCUGUUUGCACCAUAUCUAUUCCAAGCGCUGAAGUACGGAUGGGGGAAUAGCGUUCUGGCCUUUAUCGCGAUUGGAAUUGGGGUUCCGGCUCCUGCGUUACUCUGGGUUUAUGGGCAGAGAUUAAGAGCUGCGAGUCCUUUCGCAGCAGGAUGA